UCCAAAAGAAAUGAAAAACGUCAUGGUCUGAGCCAUUCCUUGAAGAAGAGAAAAAAGUAGUUCAAGAAGUUUAGUUGGAACUUCAAAACCAAAAACCAAAAACGCAUGUAGUGGACCUUACAAUUAAUAAAAGCCUACACAAAUCAAUGAACACCAAACAUAUUACAGAGCAACUAGAGAGGAUGGAGAAACAUCAAGAGAUGACGAAUCAAACAAUCAAUGAAAAUCAAUAGGUCCUAAUGAAGAACCAAGACUCCCUGAGGCAACAAAUGAUUGAAUUGAUGGAUAAAAUGAACCUGAUAUUGGAACAAACGAAAAGAAUGGAGGAGCAUGCAUAUACUCAAAAUACCGGUGAAGUCUUUAUGGUGGCAUUUGAAUUCACAAAGACACUGGAUACUAUGGAAGAUGAUAAAGGAGACAAUCAAGACAAUCCAAAUCUUAAUAUGGCUUGUGGCGUUGAAAAAUUAAAGUCAAAGAGAGAUGAUGAGCAUGAAGGAGGUGGAAGAACAGGGAAUAGAGAACGGAAAAACAUAUUGUCUAAUAUGGUAACCCAACAACCACAGGAAUCUAAAGUGAAAGAACCAGAAGAGUAAAAAAUAGAACGGAAAGUAAACACAUGC